AUUACAAUUAAAAUAGUUAUUUAGAAACAUUGAAUUAAAAACAACGCCUUGUCUGAUCUUAUUACCGAAUUAUCCACCAUCUAUAAAUUAUUUUAUAUUAAUAAUAAUCAAUUAUCUUUUAAAGUGUUUUAAUUCUGUUUUCUUUUUAAAAUAUGGAAUACGAUGGAAGACAUUUGCAAAAAGGCGAUCCUCUACCACCAUUUAGUGGAAAACCACGGCUUUUUUCCAUGAGGUUCUGUCCUUAUGCCGAACGAUGCGUUCUGAUGUUGAAUGCAAAGAAAGUGGAAUACGAUCUAGUUUUUAUAGAUCUAAGCAACAAACCGGAAUGGAUUUUUACGUUUAAUCCUAAAGGUUCUGUACCAAUUUUGGAGUAUGAAGAAGGCAAAGCCAUAUUUGAAAGUUCAAUAAUUACAUCCUAUAUAGACGAGAGGUAUCCAUAUCCAGCCCUUCAGGCCGUAGGGUCCCUCAAAAGAGCACAAGAUAAGGUUGUUGUGGAGCUGUUGUCUACCGCUCAAGCUGCUUAUUACAUAGCAGCAUUCAAUGCUCAGGCAAUAAAACCAGAAACAGUGAAAAGCUAUCAUCGAAGUCUAGAAAUACUGCAGAAAGAUAUUGAAGGCAGAGGAACCACAUAUAUGGCUGGAGAUAAACCUGGGUACAUUGAUUAUAUUGUCUGGCCAUUCUUGGAGCGUUAUAUAGCUCUUCAUCUAGUGGGAAGACAUGAAUUCGCUAUUACAGAAGAUAAAUAUGACAUAUUGAUAAAAUAUAUGCAUGCUAUGAAGAAAGACCCUGCGAUUCAGUCCUACAGUUUAGAACCCGAAAACCAUGCCAAGUAUAUCGAAUCUCGUGUCAAAGGAAAGCCAGACUAUAGCAUCGACUCAACUAAUUCAUUUAAUAGGAAAAAUAAUAAAGUUAUAAAGCCUAAAAAGAUAGAUUCAUAUCAAGAAUCUAUUGAAAUGCAUACUAAAAAACCCUCAAUGUAAGAACUGGCAAUUGCUUGCUUUGUCCUAAAUAACGUGAUAACACCUUUUAUUUGAGUACCGCGGUAGGAGAUUGCGUUUUGAAAUUAAGUUGAUUUUUUUUUUGCGAUCUAAUUCCAAUUACUCCUACCGUAUUAUUUGUAUUUGCAGUAAAUUGUAGCUAAGUAUACAACUUUAUAAAUGUUAAUAUGUUAGAGAUAUUAUGAUAUGCUAUCUGUUUAAAUAACUUUCCUCACAUCAUUUGUGUUUCAUUGGGUGUAGGCCAUAAAAUACUCGUGAAAUAUGGUUUGGAUUAGUUUAAGAUAUUACUAAUGUGCGGUGUUGGAUUAAACAUAUGCUUUAGCAACA